UCCUUCCUUGCGCCCAUGGAAGUUCUCCUUCCUUCCCCUUCUCUCUUUCGCUAUCAAACUUUCAUUUCACCAUUAUUUCUUCUACAAUUAAUCAGUCUUUCAUCCACACACACACACACACAGACUCGAUUCUCUGCUGCAUGCGGGUGAAAUGAUGAAAGAGGAGAUAUCUGAAUUUGGAAGAAUGAUUUUCAACUUGAUGACAACAACAGAAACAGAGUGCGCCACCACACACUCGCAGCAGCACGCCACCGAUGUGUUUGUGCUGCUCUUCUGCCUCCGCCCUGAUUUUCAGAGUGCGCCGCCAGGCAAUCGCAGCACGCCACCGGGCCAUAGUCUUCACCUUCACGUCAUAUAUUUGAGCAUCAUAUUUAGCUUUGGAGUAUGUCUCCUCCAUGGCCUUCCAAAUCACCUUUGCAGAAUUAAGAAACACGCAUCAGUGGUUUAUGGGAUCAUUGAGUUCCAUAGCCAUGCCAUGAUCAUAGAGUCCUCUUCGUCCCACUUUGUAAAUUUGGGAUCUCUUUCUUUAGGGGCUUCGUCAGUCAAGUGGUUAGCUUUCCCUUUUUUCAAAGUUCUGCCAACAAGCUAGGACCAUUUCAAGUAAUUCUUCCCAUUCAAUCGGUAAACAUUGUUGAUGUUCUGCAGCUCUUCUUGAGUUUUCUGCACCACUUCAUCAAUUGGCUUCGCCAUGGCCACAGCAGUACAACCCAACAUUACAUGAGAUUGCACAUGAAUCACGGCCACAUAAAAAAGCAACCGUAUUAGAAGUGUAUUCCUUAAGCAAGAUUACAAAUGGUGGGAAAGGUGUCUCUUGCUUGCAUCAUUGGAAUCUGCCUGCAGAAGAUUACAAGAGCAACGUGUAUGAUUCUUCAAGAAGCAGGUGAGAAUGGAGAAUGUGAUAGAGGAACCACUUCUGAACAAGCACAACUCCAAUGUCAAGGGUGGCUUCAGAACCAUACCUUUCAUCAUAGCAAAUGAGGCAUGUGAGAGGCUUGCGAGUCUUGGGCUAAUGCCUAACAUGAUAUUGUACUUGACCAAAGUGUAUGGCAUGCAAACUGCUGAAGCAAGCAAUUUCCUGUUACUUUGGUCGGCCGCCACAAAUUUCAUACCCCUCAUUGGUGCUUUCCUGGCAGACUCCUAUGUCGGUCGGUAUCCCAUGAUUGGUUUUGGAUCUAUUGCUAGUCUACUGGGAAUGGUUCUUCUAUGGCUAACAACUCUAUUUCCAACAUCAAGGCCAAUAUGUAACCAAUUUGCCAACAGUUGCAGUUCCCCUACAACUAUACAACUUUUGAUCUUGCAUUCUUCUUUUGCCCUAAUGUCCAUUGGAGCGGGAGGCAUAAGAUCAUCUUCCUUAGCCUUUGGUAUAGACCAGUUAAGUAAAAGGGACAAAGAUGCAGGAAUCAAAGAGAGCUACCUCAGCUGGUACUAUGCUGCUGUGUCCGUGUCAUCGCUGCUAGGUUUAAGUGUUGUUGUCUAUAUACAAGAUAACAUGGGGUGGAAAGUGGGAUUUGGAGUUCCUGUUAUCCUAAUGUUUAUAGCCACUGUCUCAUUUUUCUUAGCAACACCAUUUUAUGUAAUGCUGGAAGCUAAAAGGAACAUCCUAAGUGGGUUAGCUCAGGUCUUUGUAGCUUCUUACAGAAAUAGACUUCUGCAGUUACCACAGGAGGACAAGAAUGGUAUCUACCACCAUGAGAAGGAUUCCAUUCUCCAAGUGCCAACUGACAAAUUAAGGUUUCUCAACAAAGCAUGCAUAAUUGGAAAUCCCCUACAAGAUCUAACACCCAAUGGAAGAGCUUUGAAUCCUUGGAAUCUUUGUACAGUAGAUCAAGUGGAAGACCUCAAGGCACUUCUAAAGAUAAUCCCAAUCUGGACAACAGGAAUCAUGUUAACUGUGAAUGUCAGUCAGGGUUCAUUUCUGGUACUACAGGCAUCCUCUAUGGACCGCCACAUUACUUCAAAUUUUCAAGUUCCUGCAGCUUCCUUUGCAACAUUUAUGAUUUUAUCUUUAAUACUUUGGGUUAUACUUUAUAAUCAAGUUUUGGUCCCUGUGGCAUCGAGGAUAAAAGGGCGCCAAACACUCCUAGGUACGAAACAGAAAAUGGGGGUAGGUCUUUUUUCUUGCUGCAUAUCAAUUGCAUCACUAGCCGUUGUUGAGAGCGUUAGACGCAAAAUUGCUAUUGAGCAAGGCUACUCAGAACAACCUCAGGCUGUGGUGAACAUGUCUGCUAUGUGGCUCUUGCCGCGCGAAAUCCUCGAUGGAUUGGCUGAGGCAGCGAAUGUGAUCGGACAGAUUGAGUUUUUUCUCACUGAGCUUCCUCAAUCUAUGUCUAGCGUGGCUUCGACUCUUGGUGGACUUGGGAUGUCAGUGGGAAGUUUGGUAGCAAGUUUUGUUCUGAGUGCUGUUGAUUCUGUUACUGGAGGCAGGGGAAAUGAAAGUUGGCUUUCAAGCAACAUAAACAAGGGUCACUAUGACUACUAUUAUGGCAUCAUUUGUGCUUUGAGCAUUGUAAAUUUUGUGUAUUUUCUUUACUGUAGUAAAUCUUAUGGUCCUUGUAAGGAAAGAGGAAAGUAAAAUCUUAGAUAUAAAAUCUUAGAUACAGGUGAUGUUAAUGUUCUUGAGAUCUUCUAAGUUCCUAUUUGAUACAUGACAGAGUAGGCCCAGAAUGAAAGUAGUACCUGGAUAUGAUUGAUAACUAGAUUGUUGAUUGUACUAGAUUCACAUCUUAUACUGUUAGUAUUAAGAAAGGAACAGUUGUUUCGUGUAUUCAUGAUAUUGUAAAAAAAACUUUUAUCAACUUUA